GGCCAGUAUAAUGGGGGCAUUGUUACCCUCUACCGCCUUCUGUGGCUUAAGUGGGAAGUGCAUAGAAGGAGGUGGGAGGAGGAGGAGGAGGAGAAGAAGAAGAAGAAGGACGGAAGAAGAAGAAGGACGGAAGAAGAAGAAGGACGGAAGAAGAAGAAGGACGGAAGAAGAAGCAGGAUGGAAGAAGAAGUACGGAAGAAGAAGAAGAACGGAAGAAGAAGAAGGAUGGAAGAAGAAGGACAGAAGAAGAAGAAGAAGAAGAAGGCCUCCUUGUAUCUCAGUUGGUAGAGCAUGGCCUUUGCAACGCCAGGGUUGUGGGUUCGAUUCCCACAGGUGGCCAGUAUGAAAAUGUAUGCACUCACAAACUGUAAGUCGCUCUGGAUAAGAGCGUCUGCUAAAUGACUAAAAUGUAAAAUGUAAGAAGAAGAUUAUUAUAUUAUUAAUAAUGGUUUGGGAUGCAGCCAGAAAGUCCAUUCUCAUACACAGCGGCAGCAGCAUUCUAGUGGUGGCUAAUGUAUUAUAUAGAAGCUGGCUGCUGUCCACAGUGUGUCUGGUAUAAAAGGCAGAGCAGCCUGGAUUAUACCAGGAGUGAUAUGGUAUUGUAGCACAGAAAGAGAAGGAGAGAGAGAGGCGCUAUGUCCCAUAGUCAUGUUUUCAUCAGAAUAAAACAAUGAGACCGUCUGAGGUGUUUUCAAUAUGAAGGCAGAUUUUAUAUAGACUUCAGAAAUAGAUUGAAACAAUGAUGAAGUGUUUCAUGAAGCGGAACCCCAAGAUUCUGGUGAGCAAGACUACAAAUGCUUUGACUGUCUGCCCCCUCCCUUUUUUCUCUGCUGGGUUGUCUAGAGCCGUUGUUUUGAUAUGUCCGUGUAAUAGAAUAUGGUGAUGAUGGCUUUGUGUGAUAUUAGCGUGAGCCUUUGACACAGAUUCCCUCUCUGUAGUUUUCCUUGAUAUUUUGUUCCAAUGUGCAGUAGCCUAUUAUUAAUAAUUUAUUUGCUAUUUUUCGCCUGUGGGAAUCGCCUGGCCAAGGGUUUUUCCUUUUUACUGGAAAGCCAGUCUCUCUCUCUCUCUCUCUCUCUCUCUCUCUCUCUCUCUCUCUCUCUCUCUCUCUCUCUCUCUCUCUCUCUCUCUCUCUCUCUCUCUCUCUCUCUCUCUCUCUCUCUCUCUCUCUCUCUCUCUCUCUCUCUCAUAUAUAUGAACUAGCCUAGUAUUCAUGUAUUCAGACAACAUAUGUCACAUUGUGACUGUGACACAUCUUUCGCAGAAGUGUCCCCACAGUCCUGCUGCCGUGUGUUGUCCAGGUAAUGAAUGAGGUGAUGUUGGUCAUCACUUCAUUAUCCUUAGAGGAGUUGGUCCCUCUUUCUCUCCACUCCAGUCCCCUCCCUCUUUCUCUCCACUCCAGUCCCCUCCCUCUUUCUCUCCACUCCAGUCCCCUCCCUCUUAAUUCUUCCUCUUCUCUCCACUCCACCUCUUUACCACCCCCCUUUUUCCUCUCCUCUAUGAAUCAUUCCCCGUCUCCGGUCCCACUGAGUCCACCUCACGCCUGACGGAACAUUUAGCUUGUGUGCUCCCAGGCUACGGCUGGCGUCACAUGUGGAGUGUGUGUAGGAGUGUGAAUGUCUGUGUGUCUGUCAGUACUGCAUCCCUCUCACUUGCUCCGGUACCCUCAUUGGUUCCAGACAGAUGAGUGCCUCUCUCAGACAGACCAGGGCAGAUUUUGGUCCAUGUGGUGGGAAUAGGGUCAAGGAAUAAGGAAUAACAUACUGCUCUUGAACCUCUGGAGAAUGAUACCCUUUCUUACCUAACCACAUUGAGGCUGCCUUAGCUAUUACUCUGGGAAGGGGAGGGUUGGAUUUUGACAUUGGACAGGGGUGGACCUUUCCCCUCUGCAACUAUAGGAUACCAUGCUGUCUCAACUGAGAAGGGUAAUGUGACUUUAUUUUGGGGCAAAAUAAUAAUAAAAAUAGCCUAAUAAUAGAUGCAACAACAAGAUCUGUAUUGGAUUCCAGAGGAUAUCACUUGAAAACAUUCAUUUAAACACUUCUUUCAAAAUGGUCCUCCGUGUGGGUGAAAGAUAUGUUUUGUGUGUGUUAGUGAAGGGUGUGUUUUGUGUGUGUUAGUGAAGGGUGUGUUUUGUGUGUGUUAGUGAAGGGUGUGUUUUGUGUGUGUUAGUGAAGGGUGUGUUUUGUGUGUGUUAGUGAAGGGUGUGUUUUGUGCGUGUUAGUGAAGGGUGUGUUUUGUGCGUGUUAGUGAAGGGUGUGUUUUGUGCGUGUUAGUGAAGGGUGUGUUUUGUGCGUGUUAGUGAAGGGUGUGUUGUGUGCGUGUUAGUGAAGGGUGUGUUUUGUGCGUGUUAGUGAAGGGUGUGUUUGGGUGCAGUGAGGUAUGGAGGAUUACUCUAUUAUAGCAAGUAUGUAUUUUGAGGUGCAGCAUUAUGUGUUUCUAUGGUGAGUUCCUGUUGAGUGGCUGCUAUCCAGUGUUUUAAUGAACCAAACGCUGUGAGGAGAUCUGCUGAAUUUAAUUGGCACGGAUGCUGACAACGAGUGGCGAGCACUUCCUCAGGGAAGAAGGGAUGAGGAGAGCAUGCUGCAGAGAGAGGGGGGAGUGGCAAAGUAUAAAAUAUGAUAGAGAGGAAGCUACUGGGGCAUCUUUUGUAAUUCAAUAGAAUAGCCAAUUGUUUUGCAUCUCACGUCUCUUCACAUCAGUGGGUUGGUGAGUGGGUUCAUGAAUGAGGGGUUGUUGCAACUGAGGGACGUUGGUGUGAAAAGACCCUCCAUCUGAAUAUAUCUGCUGCUGUUGUCCUUGUUUGCCCUAUAUAGCAAUCAUCCAUGUUUUAUUACAGUACCUAGCUACACUCAUGGUUUUCAUGCUUUCAUUCAUCCCAUACAUUGACACUCAUCAUGUAUUAAACAUGUGUUUCCUUCAUGUUGGCUGUAGCAUUGUGUUCAUUGUAGCAAUGGUACUAUUAGGUAGCUAUCAAACACGAAUGCUAAGCUGUUCAAGCCACAUCCACUUCCUGUGUCUGAGGCAGCUAGCUGGAGCAGUCAGGCUGUGUAAAACGACGGAUUAAAGCAGCACAAAGACACCCCCACUCAGAACCCUGUCGAGCUCAUAAGACUGGUCUGGGACAGUAGCUCAGUAGACAGUUGGGAAAUAUACUGCAUGAAGUGCUGCAGGCAGCUUUGGUUGGGUUGAGGAGGACAGACAUUUGGUUUGGGUUGAGGUGGACUACAGAUUAUGGAGGAGAGGAUGGGGAACUGUUGGAGCUAUACCAAGGUGAAUGUAAAACUAACCCGAACCAAGCUAUAUCGUCUGUGUUCCUUUGUUAGUACUGUCAAUGGAUGGAGACUCAUCAUUGUAAAAUGUUCUGUGGGGUAGGCUACUCGAGUGUGUGAUCCCCAACAGUAGGGAUGUUUUUUGUAGGCUGUUGUACAUGUAGUACAGUGGAACUGUUGGAUAUGGGCUAGCCUGUUUGGAAUGUAGCCUCAUUUUUAUUUUCUCCAGAAAUUAUGGCUGAAAUCAGGUGUUUUAAUAAGGCAACAGAUAAGGUAACAUUAUGCAGCAUCAUGAAGUUGUUCUUUAUUCUACACAUGCUUAGGCUAUAUGACAGAGGAGAGACAAUGAAUGGAAACGAUGAAUUUGACAAUCAUGCACAUUUUGGUUAGACUGCACAGUACAGAUGAGGGACAGUGGUUAGGCUGAAUAACUGUAUUAAGCUAUCAAUAAUGUACAAGGCCAUUGUUGGUUAGGGUACUCUAAAACUAGCCUACAGUUGAAGUCUUUACUUGAUGUGAGUGAAGGAGGCUGAAUGGGUUUCUGUAAAUGGUGGAAAGUCCCUCUGAGUCAGGGCCAGUUCAUCGGUGGAGGUGUUUCUGCUUGUAACAAAAGUAGCUUGCAGCAAUACUACAGGGUUACAGUGUCUAUUCUUGUAACCUCAAUACUGCAUAGCUACAAUGUUUCUGCUUGUAACCUCAACACUACAUGAUUAGUGUUUCUGCUUGUAACCAAAGUACAGCAAUACUACAGGCAUCCAUUAUUCCAAAGAGGACAAUGUGUGUCAUAGCCACACUAUUAGCUGUUUAUGAAACCCCCAAAGUCUAUAAAGUAAGUCAGCCAUUUUAUCGGAUUGGUGGCUUUGGCUGGUAAGUCUCUUUGGAAUCGGUAAAGCUAGCUCCAGGAAGGACUACAUUUCCAUUUAGUCAUUUAGCAGACGCUCUUAUCCAGAGUGACUUACAGUUAGUGAGUGCAUACAUUAUUUUUUCAUACUGGCCCCCCGUGGGAAUCGAACCCACAACCCUGGCUGCAGGGGGCCCUAAGACUAGGCACUAAGGUAGAAAGGCCAGCUUGUUCCACUGUUAAAUUCAAUUAUCUGAACUCUUUUUGUUUUACCCUAUUAGCUUAUUAGAAGGCAGGUGUGCCAAACAGACUUGGAUAAUAAGUUAAAGAUGCACUAUGCAGAAAAGCUCUCUGCAAUUUCCUGGUUGCUAAAAUGACUAAUUUCAGUUUAUGUGACAAAACAAUCAAGGAGUGUAGAGAAUUAUGGUACCACCUCAACUGCUGUGAAAUACCUUUUCCAAAAAUAUUGUAUUUUCAGCUGUUUGAAUCUGGUGUACAAAACCGUAAGUAAAAGAUGCAAAAACGAAACGUAAACAUGGUAACAUGUAAUAGCAAUAGCGCACAUAGAACAGAUCUACCGCUUCUUAGACUUGCUUUCAAUGAGAAUGACAGAUCUAUAGUUCAUUGUCUGGUUUCCCAAAAAGUUACAGCUUUAAGUGUCCGCAGCAAAGUGAGAGAAUAUACCUAAUUGUUGACUGUGAAACCCUUGGCCUUUGAGAAGGGAAAAUAUUAGCACAAACAGUGUUGUGAGUCAUUUGAGCAGGCGCUGUACAGCCAUUAUAAUGGAUAUCUGGAACCGUUAAACUAAUUGGCAUUUCAGUACUGCUGGCAAAAAGUGAGGCUAACUCACGUUGUCAACACAUGUAAAAGGUCAUGUAGGCAACUUUUCGUCCUUGCAGCUAGUAAGGUUUACAUUUGUGGCAAAUGUUAAAUGGAUGUUAUGUUCAUGCCUGUUUCUCUUUCUCCCUCCUCUGUUUGCAGGAUCAGUUUGAUAACCUGGAGAAGCAUACACAGUCCGGCAUCGAGUUCGUGGAGAGGUACAGUAAAUUCGUCAAAGAGCGAUCGGAGAUCGAAAUCAACUAUGCAAAGCAGAUUAGGUGAGUGUUUCUGUAUUGCCCUGUUAUGAUAAUGUAAGUCUAGUUCUCUGUCUAGAUAUUUCACCAGUGAAUGAAAUGGACUGUAUUCUUCAAUAAUUAAAUCAUUUUGGCCUCAGCCUUCUUCAGCGUACAAAGUAUAGCAUAAUUAUAACAUAUCGCCUAAUUAUCUGGCUAAUUGCUGAUUAUCUUGUGUACGUAAGCUAACUUUGGGUGUCUUGAAAAGUGCUUAAAAUUAAUUAUUAUUAUUAUUGUAUAAGAUACUGUAUUUCACUGCCAUUAAAAACAAGCUUUUCAUGUUUCCACACAGACAAAGUCACUGACAGUUUGACAGUGUACACCUCAUUCAGCCUGCAGGGAGCACAUUACUACUGAGUUUGUUUAAGUGAGGUCCUAUCAGAGAGCUCAGCCUGACAGACUAGGGAUGUUAGCUUUACCCAGGUGGAUGGCUAGAUAAACAGAAUGAUGAUGCCUGGAACGGAAGUCUAUCUCUCCCUCUCUUUCUAUCCAUCCCUGUCUCUCUCUCUUUCUGUCGCUCUCGCUGUCUCACUCCAUCUCUCUGAUUCUGUAGUCUCUCUCUCUCUCUCUGUCUUUCUUUCUCGCUCUGUCUCUUUCUGUCUCUGUCUUUCUCUCUCUAGGUUUCUCUCUGUCUCUAUCUCUGGCACAACAGUGCUUUCUUGCUGUUUUCUGCUUUAGGCGAGAGGAAGUAAGGUUGGCGGGCGGUGGGAGGCAUGUGUUUCCAUAGUAACAAGGUAUCAAUAUUAUCAUCCCCAGCCAGCACUGACCCACAUUUCUCUUCCUCCAAUCACAGUGGAGUGUCUGUAAUUUAGUUCCGCCCCCCUUUUAAACACCCCCAAGCCCCCCUCUCCUCAAAUAGGGUAGGGGUGAGGGCAUACUCUUCCUAGGCCCUCUUACACCCCAACAACAAACAGCAGAGGUCUGCCCCCAAAUCCCUUAUCUGGUUCCCGAGAGAGGGCGAAGAGGAGGGCUAAAGACUAAUUACUGUACUGAUCCCGCACCCCUAAACCCCUAACCCCUCCUCCUUCUAUUUCUAGAUAAAUCUUCCUUUACUGAGGAGAUAAUAGGACUAGUAGUUCCUCACUCUCUGUUUGCAUGGCACACACACACACACACACACACACACGUAAUUCCCUAAUUAGUUUCCGUCUGUGUUUUACUUUGGUAUCUGUGACACAGGGAUAGUCCAUGUUAUGAUGUGUUUUAUUGAACCUGAUGACUCUGCAGAUGUGGCAGUCUGAUGUUUUAAUUCAAUCUGCUUAAACAGUAGAACUGUAGGACUCAUAUCUCUCCAUCUGAAAAUACACAUUUGUUUCCUACCCGGACGGCCUACUGCUAUCACAGGAAAAUAGGAUUAGCAAAUUACAGAAUGGAUAGGCCUGUUUAUAAAGCUUCAAAAAAGGUUGUUCUGGUUUUUUUUGGACACAAUGUGCAUCUUUGUGUGUGCUGUUUGUUUCUGCAUCCCCAUCUGGACUAAUUAUUCUCCCCCUGAUAAACUUUGCUUGUUAAAGCAGAUUGAAUCUACUGGGUGCGCUCAGACCAAUAGAACACAGCCCUGCUAGAUCUAAUAAACACAAUCUAAUAAACACACUGAAAUUGGCCCUUUGGUCAUCCACCCCUCGCCACUCCUUUGUGCUGGAGGAGGUUCGGUUCGCCUCUCCUGUUUUUCUCUUCUUUUUUCCUCCUCCCUCUCUUUCCUGCCUCUCUUCUCCCCUGUUUUUAACUAUUUUUCCUGUCCUCCCUCUCCUCUCCCUUUCCUCAGUGCUGUAAUUCAACUGUGGCUUCACCUUGUCAGUGUGAAUGAGAGUUCUGAUGAGCUAUGGUGUGGUGUCUGUAAGAUCUUUGAUAGAUCUGUUCUAUGGUCUCUGGGCCUGAACAGGGUGAUAGCUCUCUGCUGUGUGUGAAAUAUCUUACAGAUGGUUGGUGGGCAGUUUGGCACCACUGUUUCAGCCAUUAGCAAUAAACGCUCAACAAGACAAACACCUCACUCUGCUCUGCAGAUAACAUGGCACUACAAUGCAUCAAUAGACAUUAUCAAAAGAGAAAUGGGGGAAAAUUUGACCAAAUGCAUAUUUAAGACUGUACACAAUCCAUGCUGUAGCGUGUAGACAGAUACCAUGGCUGGCUGAACAAUGCACAGUGCUCAGUACCAUUAGGCCUGCCAUUUCACCAAACCAAACAGCAUACGCUGGUAUAAUCUAGGUUAAACCCACCUCCACUGUAUCGAAUGGAUAAACAUGCACAAUAUUUCAAUAUAGUACAGUAGGCUACAGUGCAUUACACACAGUAACACACAUUGGCAUAAUCCACAGUAGAGUACAGUAGGUUAAGGACUGUCUGUGUGCAUACUACUUAGGGGAAUGGGUAUUACAAAUACACUGUGGUGAAAUGGCACAGUAUCACCCAAUAUGGGGCACAAUAAUUGAUAUUCCAUUACCCCAACACACACACACUGGUCUAAUCCUCAGUAAGUCCUAUAGGCACCCUCUGGCUGUCUCUGUGUUGGUUAAAUACACUACGGAGCAGGAGGAGGAAGGGCAAAUGCAUUCUGCCAUGACAUCUGGCCAUGAGUGAGAGACAGCCAGGUUCAAAAGCAAGGGAGAAGAGGAAAAGAGGGGGAGAGAGGGAGAAGUAGAUCUGCCUAGCAACAGAGCAGGCACAAGGUUAGAGGAGUAGGGUGGGUGUGUGUGUGUGUGUGUGAGAGAGAGAGAUUUACCACAUGCAUGAUUCAUUCAUGAUGGAGUUAUGCUUAUUUUUUUAAAGCCUACAUCCGAAGCAGCAUGGAAUUUCAAUGGCAGUACUGUCGAGGAGGAACACAUAGGCCUACAUCUCAGAAAAAUAUGAUGUAUACUGCCUUGUUAAUGGCUGAGUUCGAGCUACAUGUUAGUCUAAUAAUAAGGAUGAUUAUUGUCUUCUUUUUCACUACCAAUGAAUUCUAGACUAGUUGUUAGUCAGCAUGGUUAAUAUUGUUCAUGUUAUAUUGGUACAGUAAUAUAAUAGUCUUUAUUGCAGCAGUAGUUUUUUCCUUUGAUUAUACAGUUGACAUUAAAAGGGCAGCCAUGACCAUGUCGUUGCAGGGGUUCUAUUAAUAUUCUACUGUUUCUGUUGACCUUCAUUGUACUCACCAUGUAGGACCUGACCUCUAUUCCUACUGAGAGGGUUAAUGGUCCAAACAUCAGCAUAGUAAACAGCAGCACACCAUGCAUGAGUGAAGAGGACCUAGCUACAAUGUGACUCACCAUUCGCUGCCUGCCAUGCAGCAUGCUCAAUGCUUCCUGAUUCUCUCUGCAUCUGUCUGCUAAAAUCUAAUUGGCUUGUCUGGUCUGUUGCUGUAUGUAGGUGGAUUCUUCUAAUAGGUUUACCUGGUUUUUAUUGGCUGUCUGGUACAGUGUAUUGUACAUAGGCUGAUUGAGUAGCCUACUGUGUGUGGUUGUGUGUGUGUGCGCGCAUGCGUGUGCUUGUCAGUCUGUAUUAAACUGGAGAGAGAGAGAGAGAGAGAGAGAGAGAGAGAGCUACAUCAGUAUGUCAGCCUGUUUUAUACUGCAUACUAAAUCUGUAUGCCAGCCUGUUUUAUUCAGCAUGCUACUUACUAAAUCUGUAUGUCAGCCUGUUUUAUGCUGCAUACUAAAUCUGUAUGCCAGACUGUUUUAUUCAGCAUACUAAAUCAGUAUGUCAGCCUGUUUUAUACAGCAUGCUACGUACUAAAUGUGUAUGCCAGCCUGUUUUAUUCAGCAUACUAAAUCAGUAUGUCAGCCUGUUUUAUACAACAUGCUACAUACUAAAUAUGUAUGCCAGCCUGUUUUAUACAGCAUACUGCAUACUAAAUCUGUAUGACAGCCUGUUUUAUACAGCAUACUACAUACUAAAUAUGUAUGCCAGCCUGUUUUAUACAGCAUACUGCAUACUAAAUCUGUAUGACAGCCUGUUUUAUACAGCAUACUACAUACUAAAUCUGUAUGUCAGCCUGUUUUAUGCUGCAUACUAAAUCUGUAUGCCAGACUGUUUUAUUCAGCAUACUAAAUCAGUAUGUCAGCCUGUUUUAUACAGCAUGCUAUGUACUAAAUGUGUAUGCCAGCCUGUUUUAUUCAGCAUACUAAAUCAGUAUGUCAGCCUGUUUUAUACAACAUGCUACAUACUAAAUAUGUAUGCCAGCCUGUUUUAUACAGCAUACUACAUACUAAAUCUGUAUGACAGCCUGUUUUAUACAGCAUACUACAUACUAAAUAUGUAUGCCAGUCUGUUUUAUACAGCAUACUAUAUACUAAAUCUAUAUGCCAGCCUGUUUUAUACAGCAUAAUAAAUACUACAUCAGUAUGUCAGCCUGUUUUAUACAACAUACUACAUACUAAAUCUGUAUGCCAGCCUGUUGUAUAAAACAGGCUGACAUACUGAUGUAGUAUGCUGUAUAAAACAGGCUGGCAUACAGAUUUAGUAUGUUGUAUAAAACAGGCUGACAUACUGAUGUAGUAUGCUGUAUAAAACAUACUACAUACUAAAUCUGUAUGCCAGCCUGUUUUAUACAGCAUACUAUAUACUAAAUAUGUAUGCCAGCCUGUUUUAUACAGCAUACUACAUACUACAUCUGUAUGCCAGCCUGUUUUAUACAGCAUACUAAAUACUAAAUCUGUAUGCCAGCCUGUUUUAUACAGCAUACUACAUACUACAUCUGUAUGCCAGCCUGUUUUAUACGGCAUACUAUAUACUAAAUCUGUAUGCCAGCCUGUUGUAUACAGCAUACUAAAUCUGUAUGCCAGCCUGUUUUAUACAGCAUACUACAUACUACAUCUGUAUGCCAGCCUGUUUUAUACUGCAUACUAAAUCUGUAUGCCAGCCUGUUUUAUUCAGCAUACUACAUACUAAAUCAGUAUGUCAGCCAGUUUUAUACAACAUACUACAUACUAAAUCUGUAUGCCAGCCUGUUUUAUACAGCAUACUACAUCAGUAUGUCAGCCUGUUUUAUUCAGCAUACUAAAUAUGUAUGCCAGCCUGUUUUAUACUGCAUACUAAAUCUGUAUGCCAGCCUGUUUUAUACAGCAUACUAAAUCUGUAUACCAUCCUGUUUUAUACAGCAUACUACAUCAGUAUGUCAGCCUGUUUUAUAUUGCAUACUAAAUCUGUAUGCCAGCCUGUUUUAUUCAGCAUGCUACAUACUAAAUCUGUAUGCCAGCCUGUUUUAUACAGCAUACUGCAUACUAAAUUUGUAUGCCAGACUGUUUUAUUCAGCAUACUAAAUCAGUAUGUCAGCCUGUUUUAUACAACAUGCUACGUACUAAAUUAGUAUGCCAGCCUGUUUUAUUCAGCAUACUAAAUCGGUAUGUCAGCCUGUUUUAUACAACAUGCUACAUACUAAAUAUGUAUGCCAGCCUGUUUUAUACAGCAUACUGCAUACUAAAUCUGUAUGACAGCCUGUUUUAUACAGCAUACUACAUACUAAAUAUGUAUGCCAGCCUGUUUUAUACAGCAUACUAUAUACUAAAUCUAUAUGCCAGCCUGUUUUAUACAGCAUAAUACAUACUACAUCAGUAUGUCAGCCUGUUUUAUACAACAUACUACAUACUAAAUCUGUAUGCCAGCCUGUUGUAUAAAACAGGCUGACAUACUGAUGUAGUAUGCUGUAUAAAACAGGCUGGCAUACAGAUUUAGUAUGUAGUAUGUUGUAUAAAACAGGCUGACAUACUGAUGUAGUAUGUAGUAUGCUGUAUAAAACAUACUAAAUCUGUAUGCCAGCCUGUUUUAUACAGCAUACUAUAUACUAAAUAUGUAUGCCAGCCUGUUUUAUACAGCAUACUACAUACUACAUAAGUAUGUCAGCCUGUUUUAUACAACAUAGUACAUACUAAAUAUGUAUGCCAGCCUUUUUUUAUACAGCAUACUACAUACUAAAUCUGUAUGCCAGCCUGUUUUAUACAGCAUACUAAAUACUAAAUCUGUAUGCCAGCCUGUUUUAUACAGCAUACUAUAUACUAAAUCUGUAUGCCAGCCGGUUGUAUACAGCAUACUAAAUCUGUAUGCCAGCCUGUUUUAUACAGCAUACUACAUACUACAUCUGUAUGCCAGCCUGUUUUAUACUGCAUACUAAAUCUGUAUGCCAGCCUGUUUUAUUCAGCAUACUACAUACUAGUACGGUAUGCCAGCCUGUUUUAUACAUCAUACUACAUACUAAAUCUGUAUGCCAGCCUGUUUUAUACAGCAUACUACAUACUAAAUCUGUAUGCCAGCCUGUUUUAUACAGCAUACUAAAUCUGUAUGCCAGCCUGUUUUAUAUAGCAUACUACCUACUAAAUCUGUAUGCCAGCCUGAUUUAUUUGAUUUGACUCACUCAUCUCGUGCCAGCAGGCUUGUGCAGCCAAUGUCAGAAAGAGGGCGAAGUCUGGAGGAGAAAAGCAUGUUUCUUCAUGGUGACUGAUUGUGAAUUCAUGGUCCUGGGGCCAUAAGCAUUAUUACUGGAACAGAGGGCGUGGAGAUGGAGGGAUGGAGGUGGGAGGGAAGGGAUGGCAGAAAGCAUUCUGGUAUAGAUGAUCCAUUGGCACAGUGACAUGAACAUCAGUAAUGGAGGAAUACAGUGGAGUGCUAUUAUAAUAACCCAUUGGGAUACUAAACACAUUGUAAUAAUAAUAAUUUGGUGGGUUCUUAUAUUUCCCACGUGGAUUAUGAUUAUAUUUUUUUCAUAUCUCAACUCCCCCUGAGACACCCUCAGAUAGUGGGGUCACGGCCAGGGUCAGCCAUUAUCAGCGGUGACACUGGAGCAAUUACGGUUAAUUGCCUUGCUCAAGGGCACACCGGCAGAUGUUUUUCACCUUGUCGGCUCGGGAACUCGAACCAGUGACCUUUCGGUUACUGGCCCAUCGCUCUAACCGCCAGGCUACCUGCCACCCAAACAUACCAUAAACAUACCGUAGUAGUACUGUAGUAGUAACUAUAUACAGUAUAAUACUGUGGUUGUAACUAGUAGUAACUAUAUAUGUAUAUAUUACUGUGGUUGUAUCUAGUAGUAACAGAACCCUGCUGCUUGUUAUUUUUUCACAGGAAUCUAUCAAAGAAGUAUCAACCAAAGAAAAACUCAAGAGAGGAGGAGGAGAACAAGUGAGUUUGGCACCCAUACGCAACCACAAAGUUACUUAAAUCACAGUUAUAUACUGUAUUGCAUUUGGAUUGUCAGUUAUUAGGCUAUUUCCUCUAAUUUCGUAGCUAAUGAAGUAGGCCUAAUGUUUCUUCCAACAUCUGAGCAUCUUAUAGCACCCUAGAUAAGAUGCUGUGUCAGGCCCCUCUACGUCUCCACUUCCUCUGACAUCACUUCCUGUGACCUGUCAGAUACACAUCAUGCCGGGCCUUCCUGUCGACGCUGAACGAGCUGAACGACUACGCAGGACAGCACGAGGUCAUCGCUGAGAACCUGACCUCUCAGAUCAUCGCUGAACUCUCACGGUACCUCACAGAGCUCAAGGCAGAGAGGAAAUUGGUGAGAACACAUACACUUCCUGUUUGUAUUCUGAUCCAUCUACUGUUUGUGUGCGCUAUAUAUUUUCUAUAUAUCUAUAUCCAUCCCCAUCCAUCCAUCUUCCUGGUCUCUCUCAGUAUUCUGUCUGUUUAUAUCUCUGUGUAUGUUGUUCCCCCCUCUGUCUCUCUCUGUCUUUACAUCUAUUGGUCUAUAUUCACGGUCAGUCUUGCUCUCCUACACUACUUACCCUUAAACAUACAGUUUACUUUAUAGACAGUAAAACUAGGCUGUAGCCAGAAACCAGGCACACUUGCCCACAGAAAAGAGAGAGAGCCAGGCCCAUCCCUUCCGCGUGCCCUGUCCUAUCCUCUGUAUACUGACGUCACAGCUGAGGAAAUAUAGAUAUGCAGCCAACCGCACAAAGACAUGCCACUGGGCAAACACAUAACUCUAUGUCUGCGUCCCAAAUGGUACCCUAUUCCCUAGGGCUCUGGUCAAAAGUACUGCACUAUAUAGGGAAUAGGGUGCCAUUUGGGAUGCGACCUUUGACUCCUUUACAGUGGGGAGAACAAGUAUUUGAUACACUGCCGAUUUUGCAGGUUUUCCUACUUACAAAGCAUGUAGAGGUCUGUAAUUUUUAUCAUAGGUACACUUCAACUGUGAGAGACGGAAUCUAAAACAAAAGUCCAGAAAAUCACAUUGUAUGAUUUUUAAGUAAUUAAUUUGCAUUUUAUUGUAUGACAUAAGUAUUUGAUACAUCAGAAAAGCAGAACUUAAUAUUUGGUACAGAAACCUUUGUUUGCAAUUACAGAGAUCAUACGUUUCCUGUAGGUCUUGACCAGGUUUGCACACACUGCAGCAGGGAUUUUGGCCCACUCCUCCAUACAGACCUUCUCCAGAUCCUUCAGGUUUCGGGGCUGUUGUUGGGCAAUACGGACUUUCAGCUCCCUCCAAAUAUGUUCUAUUGGGUUCAGGUCUGGAGACUGGCUAGGCCACUCCAGGACCUUGAGAUGCUUCUUACGGAGCCACUCCUUAGUUGCCCUGGCUGUGUGUUGAGACUGGCUAGGCCACUCCAGGACCUUGAGAUGCUUCUUACGGAGCCACUCCUUAGUUGCCCUGGCUGUGUGUUUCGGGUCGUUGUCAUGCUGGAAGACCCAGCCACGACCAAUCUUCAAUGCUCUUACUGAGGGAAGGAGAUUUUUGUUUUAGAUUCCGUCUCUCACAGUUGAAGUGUACCUAUGAUAAAAAUUACAGACCUCUACAUGCUUUGUAAGUAGGAAAACCUGCAAAAUCGGCAGUGUAUCAAAUACUUGUUCUCCCCACUGUAUAUGGAUCAGAUCAUAGACUUCCCUAUCAUUCGCUAACAUUAAGAGUUUAUUUUUCUCAUAUAAACCACCUGACAAAGAUGCAUUGAACAUAAAGUAUAUUUAAACUCUGAACUCACGUUUCUCCUUCCCAUUAUAAACUCAUUUGUUAGAGCAGGAGAGGUGCAGUAUGCAGCAUUAACACAGUAGUAGGAUCUUAGUUAGGAGGAAAAACAAGAAAACAGAAAACAGUAAAGAGAGAACAGAACAGAGUGCAAUUCUAUGGCUACCUUUUAGACAUCAGCUUUUGUCAAGCAAGAGGGGAAAAAGAGCAGUUUGUUAGAAAAGCUAUCAUAACCUCUCAUGUCACGGAAGCUCAGCGAGGGGAAUCCAUCGUAAAAAACUGCAAAGAGCAGGUUGCCAGUGGCUGACAUGACCUUUCAGACUGACCUCUCUAAGCAUUUGUCUACACACCACACAGUCAAGGACGAGCAGCAAAAAUGUAUGCCCUCCCUCCUCAGCUUACCUUAAAAGACCAAGGCAGGAAGACAGGAAACACUAAUGGAUUAUUGAUUCAGCCAUUUUCCUCUUAAAGCUCAGUUAGAACAACAAAGGCGGGGGGUUGGGGGGGGGGGGAUUUCCAGUGAACUCUAACUGUCUCUGGGUUUGUUUGAAGAAGAAUCCUCAGGCCCUCAGGGUUUGCCCUGGUCUGUUGGCUCUGGUUUGAUCUAGCUUGGCUCGGCCUGGUUCUGGCCCCGGGUCUGGGUCUCUGUAUGUCUAGUGUCUUGUCUUGAUUGGCCCUCAUUCAUUAGAAUGUUCCCCCUCAGGCUGCCUGCAGGAUGCUACUGUGA